UAGUCUUAGCCAGUUCAUUUCACGGCUGGAUGGUCUUAGGCAAACACGUGUCUUGCUCCCAAUGAACCGCUUGGGCAAGUACACGUAAUCCUAUUUGCGGAUUGGUCAAUGAACAGAAAUUAUAAUAAUACCCCCGCUGUAUUCUAACUGUACAUGUGUACUAAAGUAGUAGUUUGCGGGCCAAUGCGGGAACAAAACACGAUGACUGCAAACAGACGACUUCUCAUUCUUCCACUUCUCGUUGCAUUUCUCCUCCUCUCGUGCUUGGGGGUUGAUUCUGGACAGACAGAUGGGGAUCAAGACAUAAAACAAGACACAAAACCGAAGAAGAAAAAAGAUAUACGCGAUUACAACGAUGCUGACAUGGAACGACUGUUCAUGGAAUGGGAGGAACAUGAGGAUGAACAUGACCCUGAUGACCUUUUGGAGCAUGAGCGACCUCCUCCCAAAGUUGACCUGUCCCAGAUUGACCCCAGCAACCCUGAGUCAGCAAUAAAACUGACCAAGAAGGGCAAGACUCUCAUGAUGUUUGUCACGGUGGCGGGAAACCCGACUGAGGAGGAGUCAGAAAAGAUCACCAACCGCUGGCAAAGUAUGCUGUUCAAUGCAAACUACCAGUUCAAGAGAUAUCCAGUGAGCAGUAAUCGAGCUAUCUUCCUGCUGUCAGAUGGCAGUUUGGCCUGGGAAAUCAAGGAUUUCCUCAUCCAACAGGAUGAAUGCGAAGAGGUCACCAUUGAAAGUCAGGUCUACUAUGGCAAAGGAUCGGGGAAAGAGGUAGAUGGGAAAGCCAAGAUCGUUGGCUUGGAUGACGUCGGAGACGGUAAACCAGACAAGAAAAAGAAGAGCCAGCCAAAGGCGGCCAAACAGAAGACGAAAUCUAAGGCUUCGUCGGGCAAGCCAGAUGAUUCCAAACAGGAUUCUAAGAAAGAUCGCACCAGGACAGUCGAACCAACCAAAGACAAGUCGGAGGAGAAUGCUACGGGCAAAACCUCAAAGAGAGACUCAAAAGAAAGCAAGAAGGAAGACAAAAUAUUGUCGGAAGAUGUAGAAAAAGACAAGGAUGGCAUCUUCUUCCAGCAAAAUGAUGAGGACACAGGGGACAAAGAGCUUGGUGAUCCCACUGACAAGGCUAGCGCCGAAAAGGACAAACAAAAAGAGGAAUUAUAAACCCAAUUACAUCAAAGGCAAAGAAAAAUAACAUUAGCCUUUAAAUGUUGUGGCAGGAUUUUUCUUUUACUUGCUCUAUUGGUGCAGUGGCAUUCCCAACAACUCUUACAAUAUCCAAGGAUUUGGGUGAUUCUCUUUUUGCUUAUUUCAGAGGCUUUGGCAGUGAAUACUCAGAAUAUUAGCAUACCUUGAAGUUUUUUACACUCAUGUUUUUUACUUUCAUUUGUCCUUUUUAGGGGGUAACCCUUCAAGGUUUAAAAAUUACUUUCACUCGGAUGCAAAUCAACAAUUCUGAUGAAAUGUUUGCAGUAAGUAUGUGGGUGAUUCACAACAGUGUGCCUCCAUGAGUUUGCAACACCGUGGUCAAUCACAAUAAGCGAAAUCUGUCGACACAGUGCAUGUAUGGAAACGGUUGACAGAUUUCACGCAUUGCGAUGGGCCAACGCCUUGUAAACUCUUGGAGGCGCACUAUUGUAAAUCGCCGGUAUUGAAGUUGAGGGAAGAUGUUCAGCAGUACUAAGAAACCCACCAAAAUAAUUUUCACCCUUCAAGAGAAAGUAAGCACUUAAUUUUGAAGUACAUGGAAAUUUGCUUUUUCUGUUGAGUUUUUAUAAAUAGUAAUCUUAGAUUUUAUUAUCAUACAAGUGGACAUGGCUUAUUUAGAUUUAAUACCUCAAAUUAUUAACCUUUCUUGUCCCUUUGGAUUUCACAGGGUGUUAUCUAGUUUUCUAGUUCAACAAAUCUUCAAUUGAAAAUGCUUAUUACUGGUGUUCGUGGCCACCACCACAAAAGAAGUACGUUUACCCUAAUGUAACCAUGAGUUCUGGCGGAGUUCUUGAACAUUUGCCUGCCUUCCAUUCGUUUUACAAUUUGCACGUGUUGUAUAUUUAUUUGGGAUUAGUUGAUGGAAAAUGAUUCCAUAUGCUUGACAAAAGUGCCUCUAGGUACGUGAAUUUCGUGCUACAUUCAAACAUUAAAAAAUAAGAAACUCACUCUUGGUAAAGUCCACGCAGAAUUGGGAUUAUGCAGAAACUGUACUUAGAGCAUGAAAAAAAUGCGACCAAACGUCACACUAGUUCAAAUACAAUAUCUUGGUUUUAUUUUCAGAAGUUCCUACACUGAAAUACUUGUUUACUUUGUACAAAUAUCCCAAAAAUAUUAAAAUCACUCCAUUUCUGAAAAUCUUGACACUUGUACUUGGAAGAUUCUUCACUAUGAUGACAGUAAUGCCCAUCACGUUAACUUGUGACAAGCUCCUCUUGUACUGUUGACCGGAAGUUUCACGUUUCUUCCGGUCAUCUUUGGAAUAACUCCUUUCCAAAUGAAAAACAUCACCUUUAAUAGAUUUCAAUAAAUAAAUACAGAAUGGGACUUUUCCAAGUGUGAA